AUGGCAACGUUUACGUCAACAGAGUUUAAUAGUGAAAACUACGAUAGGUUCAGGCCUGUAUACCCAGACGAGUUGUAUCAGCAAUUAGUGGAUUAUCAUGUUGGUGCUAAAGGAUUGUGUGUCGAUGUUGGAUGUGGCUCUGGCCAGGCAACGUUCACCCUGAAAAAGUACUUUGACAAGGUCAUAGGAUCUGAUAUCUCAGAAAAUCAGUUGGCAGUGGCUAGGAAAAGACAGCCUGCUGGAAUUGAAUUUAGGUUAGGAACGGGCGAGGAUUUUUCUUGGCUAACGGAGACGCCAGAUGUAAUCACCGCCGCUGAAUGCCUGCACUGGGUAGACCCACAGAAAUUCGUUGCAAAUGUCGCCAAUUCUCUAAGGGAUCAUGGCACCUUGAGUUACUGGCUUUAUACAGAACCAAUUUUUCAGAACGAAAGGGCCAAUCAGGUUUACAACAAAUUCACCUACGGGUCUGACUACCUGGGCCCAUAUUGGGAUCCUGGCCGUACACAUUUCAGAAAUCAUUUAAAGGAGUUGAAUCACAUCUUACUGGAUAGCGAGCUUUUUGACGAAGUGAAAAUUUCUAAUUUUAAACAAGAGGAAGGGGUCAAAAACGGAGAUAUCUUAUACUUGGAAAAAGAGAUGACAAUCAGUGAUUUCAUCAAUUUUGUAUCUAGUUGGCCUUCUGUGUUUUCGUGGAAGCAGCAACGAGGAAAGGAGGGUAUCCUAGAUGAUUUUUACAACGAACUGAACGACUGCUUUGAGGGGGGUAACAUGAAAGUAAUAUGGAACUCCGUCCUAGUAUUUGCCAGGAGGAAGCAAAGGGUUGUAUAG